UGAAUCCCGCACUGAUCCACCUAUGCAGUAGUGUAAGAGAGCCAGCACGAGCUCGACGCCUCCGCUAAGUCUCCACCUCUCUGUACGGGAUCUGAUUCUACAGUAUUAUGCCUCGGGAUACCAAUAUUGCUGCAAGUCGGGCAUUCCGUGGCUCUUGGUGGCCCGCCAUCUGCCUAGGACGUUUACCUGUGGACUCGGGGGGGAGCCGCGACACAUCUGGGCCGAGGAUCUGGGUGCGCAUUGAAAAUUGGCGUUGAAGGGCUCGGGUAGCUGCGACAUUUGGGAUAUGUCGAAAUUGAGUUUAGUCUUAUCGGAGGAGACUGCAAUAGCGAGACACAUCACGAUGAUAAUACUGAUACACAACCUCCCCGAGCCCGACAGCUCCAUUCAUCGCAUACAAUCUCUAUGCGUAUACGCGAAAUCCGGUUGAUUAUCGAAGAUACCUCGAGUUCCCUUAAUGUUCUGUUGAUACCCGUGAAACUAAGGAAAACCUCGUAAAGGUUGCAUCUUUUCGACAGGCCAUUCCGCGACCCUCAAAACCAUCGUCAACCAGAACGUUCCAAAGAGGCGAGAGCCAAUUUGUACAACUGCAAGUUUAUACCUGACCAUGUUCCGCUUCAUCAACUCUCAAGUGUUCAAGCCUACCAGAAUCCAGUUCCACCGCCCCCGUACUGGAGUCGACCAAGUCUGGAGGAGCAUCAGUACUACCCCGAAACGGAGCGCCCGUGGUCGGGGGCGAGCACAAACUCCCGGCAGGUCAAGUGCUGAUCGUACAGGAACUCAAUCCCGGAAGACCACACACCAGGACACCGACGACAAACAAGGAUGCUCUGGGGGGUCAGGAAAUAAUGGCUCUGGCCCAAACGGCAACCCCCCGCAACCGAAACCCGAAGAAGAAAAUGAGGGUGAGACUUCGAAGGCAGAUGCCGAAGAUAUAAAAUCUCGCUUGCAUCGUCUGGAAACUAGGAUUGGUGAACUCAGCCAGGCGAUUACCAAGUGUGAUAGGAAGGUCGACACCAAGUGUAGGAAUAUCACCAAGAAGAUGGAAACAGAUCGCGAAGUCGCCCGGGAUUUGACCGUCCGCCUCCGCGAUUUCCUCGUAUGCCUCUUGUCCAGCCACCGUUCUGGUCCACCCGCGGGAGGAGCUACGAAGAGAAAGUCCCCUCCCACCACUGUCAGUAGCUCUUCAACCACUGGGGAUAGCAAGCACUAG